CAUGUAUUCGAUGGACCUUCAUGCAGCAAACGCCUUCGCCGUCCCGCGUCGACUGUUUGCCGGCCGAAAGCGCCGCGCAGAUGUCGCCAAUGACAUUGACAGCGCUACGUUCUUCACUGCUGACGACUUUGCAGCAUUUUCUGUGCGUGGCGAUGCCCACGAGUCGCGGCUUUAUGAACUACUGGAGACCCGUCGGCGGACCAUCCUCACACCGGUUAAAGAGUCGAAUUCUUCCCGGAAACGCGCUGCUGCAAUGAAAAUCAAGCCACAGUCAACGCACUUGGUAAAGUUACUAGUAGAGGCUAUUGAGAGUCAUCGGAUUCAAGCUCCAGAGAAAAUGUUGGAGCUCGACAACGCACGUCGAAGAGUUUCCGGAUUCUCGGUGGCCCAACACGAACAGUACCUCAUGCUGCAACACAAGCUGUUUCAGGCUCAACAGGUGCAGAGCAAACGAUUUUUGAUUGUAGCGAGAGUGAUAACGCAUACGGAGAAGCUGACAAUUUUUUGCUGGGGUUUUGGCUUUUGUGGAGAGUAGCGUGGACUUCCGGAGGUGCUAGCAUUAUCGCAAGACGAAGCUAAACAGUGGCAACAUAUGAAAGUGGAGGUCGAGAAGGAGCAAAUAGGUUUUUGCAGGAUGAUGGCAAGAAAUUUGGCUGCAGAAGCUGCUUUGAACGAGGCACAAGUGCCGCUGGCUGUGGAGUCGUGGUAUAACGCGAUGCUUACGCAAUGCUGGAACGAUAUUUAUCGUCUGUAUCCGAGGUGGUUUGAGCCGUGCGUGGCUGUCAAAUUGCCUACUGAUGGUGCUCCUAGUGGCAAUAACCCAGCGGCGAUAAAAGCCAAAGAGGUUGCUGCUCGAGGAGCAUGCUGCGCUAUUGACCUAAGAAAACUUGUGGCUGGCCAGACGCUGAGGAAUGCUGCGGGUGAUAGCGGAGGGUUGGAUGUGGUGUCUCCACGCCAGGCCAUUUCAGCGGAUCCCCUGGCGGAGCAAUUGAUGGAGAAGUACGACUGCGACCUGGCCAUCUCAUCGUCUACAUUGGUCACUCUCUUUGACAGCGACACGUCGACUUGCUUCGCCCAUGUUCCUGCAGGCUGGGGUAUUCCAAUGAAAAGCCGAGCGAUCAUCCACGAAAGUAAUGGUACGAAAAAGCGGAUCUUUCUGGAUCGCCCACUGCCCGGUAUCACUCCAAGCACGCGAGAAAAAGUAGCAGAAGCUGGACGCGCUGCCUUACUAUCACGCAUUGAGGCCGAGUCUGUUAUUGAAGGAUCAACAGGUGGGAGAACGGCGUAUCAUGUUUGGCAGCUUGAUGAUAAGCGGAUUCUCGUCCGCAGCACCACACACGCAAGUGUGGUUACACCUACAUCGUCUGAGGGUGCAGAUGGCUCGAGUAAGACUGCACCGUUGAGUGUAUUCGUCAAGCCAGAUUAUCAGUUGCUAGGAGUCGAGGAGCAGUUAACAACGAGCGAGAGAUGCCGCUUCUGGUUGCAUUCGUGGCUUCGCGGUGGUUCUGCCGUUCUAGUGGCCCGAGUGAACCCCAAGAACGACACGAUUACUUCGUGGAAGACUCAUUCCCCAGCCUCGCUCAUCUACGGAGAUAGCGCCCAGCAAUCACUUCCACUCGAAUAUUUUGAUCCCUCAUUGAAGUUUCAGUGGUUAUCAACGCUGUUCGCAACACUGGGAGAUAUCCCUGUAGGGAACUAUCUUUUGCAACCACAGGACGGAUACGGCCAAAGCACUUUUGGCAAGAAGCGUGGUGGUAUUGAGGUCCUGAUGGCUAGUACUGAGCUUGCAAACGAUUCGCCAAUUGAUUUGUACAGCUUCAUGCCGAAGACUGCCAGUACACAGCAAGCGCCCUCGUUAACGACGCCCGACGUAGUGGCAUCUGCUUGCACUGUCCUUCCAUCGUGGAAUCUACGCGAUCGUAUCCCGUACACAUACCAGACAGGCAUGUACUGCCUACCUUUCUUUCUAGAGGGAAUUUGUUCGACCGUAUCCAAGGGUGAAUGCUGCGAUCUCGCUCAUUUGCGUCUUCCGGAGCAACAAACUGGAAGUUUAAAGAAACCAGUGAGGGCGAAACGAUGGGGCUUUGAGAACUACACGAAGGUACUGAAGAAGGCGACACGUGCGAACUUUGAGAUACUGACUCGACCGAAAUGGGUGACACUGAACUACGCAUUCUGCGGAGAAGACAAGCCCCCACCUGAUGUUUCUAGCAUUACCGACGUACACGCACCGGUGCAUUGUUCCAAACCAUUAGGACAAUGCUCGCUGCCCCAUUUUACUCUGCACCAGAUCCUUGAGCGACUCGCAGACGACCUCCUACGCAAGGGACGAGGGAAGCGACGGAAUCAGAAGAACGAAAACCGAAAGCAACACAAAGCGUCAGAGUCACAAUUGAGUCAGUGAGAUACUUACUGCAAAUAUGCUGCUCCUCCCUUCAGGUCGUCUGAGAUUCGUAACAAGUCAAACUUGACGACUACUAUGUGUUCUAGAAUGCCAGGUAUGGAUUGCCUUUAUUUUCUAGAUGAAAAGUAUUUGAGCAUUCCCAAAGGUAAAAGCUGUAAUUUUGCUCUUCAUCAAUACAUGGUACUGAAGAACGGCACGGAGAUACUGAUUAGUUCGAAAUGGGUGACAUUUAACUACGCGUUCUGCGGAGAAUGCAAGGCCCCACCUACUGAGUCUAGCAUCACCGUGUUCCAACCCCCCAUUGUAUUCUCCACUGACAGGCGACCCGUUACGCAAGGAACGAUGAAAGUGAUGACCACAGGAGAACGAAAGCAGCGCAAGACAGCAGAUCCCAGUUAGCCACACUUUACAAUGCAUGUAGUGGCCACAUUGACCCCGU